UUUUAAAAUUAUAUUUUCAGAUUUUAGAUAAUUCUUAUUAUUAUUAAUUUUAAUCAAUUAUCUAAUCAAAUAAAUUAAUUUUUUUUUUUUAAUUUAGUUACACAUUUUAUUCAUUAAGGGUAUAAACGAUAUUAACCACUCUAACUUUUAACGUGAGAGCUCGAUUCCAAAAAUUUACUUCGCAAAUAAUAGUAUAGAUACGAUUGCCUCUUGAAAUUAUAUGUAUGCAACAUGCAACAUCUGUACAACAUGAACAAGAUCAUCACAUGACAACGCGUAUAUCUAGAUAUUCUUAAUCGGUUAAUUAUAAUAAUUGGAUUGAUCACAUCAAACAAAACUACAAUAUAACUUCUUUAAAUUAAUACUCUAUAAAUUAAUAUACACUAAAAAUAUCUAUAAAAUAAUAUAAUCUUAUAGUUCCAAAUUGAGUUUUUGGUUCAAUUAGUAUAUCGAUAAAUUAAUAUCUUUAUAAAUUAAUUAAAAAAAAUUAUAGUUUUGGUUUAGUACCAACAAUAUUAGUUUUUUUUUUUAACUCUUGUGAUAUUUUAUAAAAUUAAUGAUAAAUCACACACACUAGUAGAACCAAAACAACAAAAACAAGAACAUAUUUAAUUCCACGCAGCCGACAAUCAAACGAGAGUUUCCAUAGAACCUGAAUAAGCACGAGUUGAAACCAUAAGAACCAGAGACUUGAGGAAACCACAAACCAUAUAGGCCGAAACCACAAUCUCACAGGAACCAACCCGGCAGAAACUACAACGCCAAAACUGAAGCAGACACAGAGACAAAAGCCACUAAUAACACAUCUGCAACAAACCGCCAGCGACCAUGAAAAAUCAAAGCACAAGAUCAAAACUUGAAACUCGAAGAGGGGACAACAACUAAAAGGAUCAGCAGCUUAUACACGCGGACCCAACAAUAUUAGUUUAUAGAAGUUUAAAUGUAUUAUGAAUUAACAAAUAACCAUGCAUCUUUUAAUAAAGAGAAGCACUAACGCUUAAUGGUUAUUUUAACAACAUAUUGUUCUUACGCACGAAUCAGAUUACGCUUCUGCGAAAUUCAUAACUACGCCAAUUUAAUUAUCAUUGAAACUAUAAGAUUAUUUAUUUAUACCAAAUUAUCGACUAAAUAAGAUCUGAUUUCAGUAUUAAGCAAGUAAGCUCUGAUACUACUGUAGGAAUUCAUACAGGUUUAUAACGUUUUAUAAAUCUACUUAUGAAUUCAGUUUGCCUAGAAUCUCAUGUCACUAAUGAAAUAAACUUAGAUCUUAGAGUUUCGAAUAUAUCUGGUUAUUCUGCAGCGGAAGGACGAAUAAACCAAAUCGAAAUUUCUAGCACUACAAACGUCGUGCCUCUAUUGUAUCCACACACACAAACUAGAUCGAUACGGGAUGCUAGUACUGUUGAGACUUCUCUCAAGAACUCACGAACACUUCAUAUAUAUAAUUAAGUUGCAGCCAAGGGAAAAAUGUCCACAUAUCAUAAUAUGUGUUUGGUAUAUACAUGUAACCUAAAUCAAUUAGGUUUGCUUAUGGGCUCAGCCCAUACUUAACAUUGCUCUUUUAAUAAUAACUAAAUUUUGAUCUGUGGUUAAAGCGCGAAAUUUGAUUCUUUGUAAAUAUAUUAUUUUAUAGUUUAUAAAUUUUAUAUUAUAUUAUGGUUUAUGAAUCAUUAUUACUGUUUUAAAUUUGUAUAAAAAGAAAUAUAGAUGUAUUUCAUUAUGUAUUUUAUAUUAUACUCUGAUUUUUAUUUACUAUACUGAAUCAAUUUUCAAUAAUAUUAUAAAUUUUUAUAUAACUGUCUCUCAAUAUAAAGUUUUUUGGCGGUGUAAUAUUUUUUAUUUAUGAAACACCUAAUUUAUAAAAUUCGAAUUGGAUUUUUUUUUUGCAAGAAAAUAAAUAUAUGGAUUUAAUAUAUUGAUUGGUCUUUGUAACCAUUUUAUAUUUGUAACUCAUUUUUAAAUUUUAUUUGAAUACACUUAAAAUACAAUUUGUAUUAUGUUAUAUUUAUAUAUGGGUCAUAUGUGUAUGUAUGGUCAAUAAAGUAAUAUAGAAUAUAGAAUUUUCAGAAUCAUUGAUAAGUAUUAAUUUCAAAUUCAUUUUACGUGGUAGAAUAUAGAAUAUUAUUAGAAUAAUUGAUAAUCAUUAACUUUAUAAUUUUCUCAUAUUUUUUGUCAAAUAUUAUCUAGUGUGGAAUCAAAUCUUUUGAAAGUACAAUAUCUAUAUAAAUUUUUCUACAGUUUCAAAAUAUAUAUGUAAUAUCUAUAAAAAAAUACAAUAUCUAUAUUAAUUUAUCUACAGUUUCAAAAUAUAUAUGUAAUAUCUGUUUUCAACACUUUUUAGUGAUGUUUUUCUAUUACUAUGACUAUCAAACAUGCUAUUGUAUUUUUUUGAUUGAUGUCUAAUAUCAAUACUAAAAUGAAAACGUUCAUAUUUAUUUAUUGACUAUAUUAUGCAUAUCAUGUAGUUGUAUAUUAAUAAUAACAUCAAUAGUUCAGAAUAUUAUAGUCAUAUAUUAAUUAUAAGUAAUAUCAACUUACGAUUUGAAGCAUGUAUUAAUUUGUUUUGAUGUUUGUCUUUUAAGCUAAUCAAUAAAUUUCUAAAUUGUCCAACAUGAGUAUAUAUUGUGAGAUAUGAACAUUAAUAGGGGAAGUUAGGUUUAGUUAGUGUCGUUUGUUAGUUUUAGGAAAUUUUGGUUUUUAAUUAAUUAGGAAAAUCGUAUAUGAUAUUUCGAAUAUUUUCCAACUUUUAGUUAAAUUUAAUUACAGUGGCAUUAUCUUGUAAAUAUUUAGAAAAACUCAGAGUUAAUUCAAAUUUGUACUUUUGUUUUAAUAGAUUAAACUAGAUUUUGACCCGCACGUCCGUGCGGGUGUGAAUUUUUCGUUUAGAUUCAAUAUCUUUGGUAAAAUAUAUUUUAAAUAGGUAUACUUGUUUAAUAUAAUUUUUUUUACGAUAAAUUUAUUCAUUUGUUUCUAUUCAUGAAUUGCAUAAGUCAUUUGUUUAUAUAGUUUCACAGGAUUUUCAUUUUUUCCUCAUUUUUGAUACCAUUAUUCAUGCUUAUAUUUUCUGAAUUUAUUGGCAAAGUGGGUCACUUUCAAGUUUGUAAUUCAGGCUUUGGGUCGCACGAAGUUUUUAUUCGGUAAAUGGGUCGCGUGUAUUUGUGACCCUAUGCAACUUGAAAGCAAAAGACGAAACGAUCCUUUCUCCAGCUGCCGAAUAUCGGAAGUGCCACUCCCCUCCCGAAAAACCCGGGUCAUUUACUUCGUCGUCUUACCUACACUGGGCGGUAAACGACCUUCUGGUAAAUUCUUUUACUGUGAAAGACUGAGAGGACUGUUCGACUUUCGACCAAGAUCCACCUGAAUUCCCUAGCCUGUCGCAGCCGUUGGAGAAUCUUCCCCGGCGAUUAUUAGACCCCAGACGACGCCUGCAGUGAUGACGAAGUCCAAGCAAAGUGAGACAACCGUUCGUCGCCAGACCAGAUCGGCUGGCGAGGAGCUCCCGGAGUGCCCUCCUGCGAAACAGCAGCGCUAUCCGGGUAUGUGUUUCGUCCACCUCCAUUCAUGUGGAUUCCGUCUUUGCAUGUCAUCGGAGAGAUUCUUUAGUAAUGGUUUUAUGUCCUCGCUGUGAAAAGCUAUUGUCUCUUGAUUAGUCGACACCGUUUUGUGUUUGAAGCCAUUUAUUUGAGUUAUCGAUUUUUGUUCGAUUUGUAGAUUCUGGAUCUGAGGACGGCCCCGGUGGUGGUGAUUCCUCAGGGGGACAAUUCUCUGAUGGGGUGCCCUCAUCUGUGUUUCCCUGGAGACUGUUCACAUAUGGUGCGUACCCGACAAAGUUGCGAGUAAACAUCUACUCAAAAUCACACGUCAUCGGUUCUGUUGCUGCUGCUCUAAAGGGGACGGAUGCGAUGGACACUUUGAUGGCUUCCCAGUUUCGGGGGGUGUUUGAGCUUCCCGUUGUACGCUGCCAGAACUCUACGAAGCUCAUCGGCUGCCUCCUCAGCCGACAGCUAGUUACGGCUCGCAGACACGAGUUCUGGUUCACCUUCGGGCCCCAUCCACUCCGUUUCUCGCUGGAUGAAUUCCGAGACGUUACAGGUUUGAACUGCGGAGCUUUCGAUGUUCAGGAUUCGGAAGCAUCUGAAUCUGUUCCUCCGACGAUGUGGAACAAGCUCUUUGAUACGACUGUCGGUAAGAUAACAGUCCUGAGUGUACUGCGCAUGUUGGGAAAUAAAUAUCUAGCUGUGGAGAAACGGCUCCGUUUGGCUCUGAUCGCGUUGGUUGAUGGUGUUCUCUGCCCCAGUAGCAAAGAUCUUAAACUAACGCCCAGGUACGUUGAGAUGCUGUCCGACGUUGAGAGCUUUUUGGCGUAUCCGUGGGGUCGAGAGUCGUUCUUGACGACCGUGCCGCGUUUCCUGCCUCCCCUUGUUGUCGCACCACGUUCGAACCCACUGCAAGUGAUGCGUGAUCGGCUAUCGCAAAAGACAACAGUUUGCUAUGGGUUUCCACUUGCUCUGUAGUUGUUUCUUAUUUGAUGUUGUGCCUCUGUUAUUGGAGAAAAUUCCCGACGCAGGGAACACCGCCACUUUCAUUGAUUCCCCCGGAGCUUGCUCUUCGCCGUCGACUAUUCUCACAGUCAACGAAAUAGUCGCUGUCGAGGAAGACCCAGACGUAAGUUUGUUUUCCCUUUGUUUUAAAUACAGCGGAUGCAAAAAUACAGUGAAGUAAAACGGUUACGGCUUUUGGUGUUAACGUGUCUUCCAUUGCUUUUUGCCUGUCUACAGCUCUCUGUCCACUUCACCGUGAUUCCUGAUGAGGAACGGCUGAUGUUGCUGGACCAGAAUGAAGAUAGGCAACUAACUUCUUUGGUGCAGAAGUUGCUUUGUGGGGAAACAUUCAAACCUGAGGAUUUUCCAGGUGGUGACGAGUCGUUUUCCCCCAAGUUAAAGGUUCCAGACGCUGCGCAGGAGGAGGGAGCUUGUCCUACUCCCGUACACCAGAGAAAUUUGCGACCGCGUAAUGCAGUGCCCAUUGAAGUUGAAGAGAUUUCUUCUUCUGGAAACAGCGGAGAAGGGAAUCAUCAAUGCUCAGAGAGGUGUACGCAUGAAAAUUUAAAACAUUGGAUAUCCCAGCGGUUUGAGGGGAUGGAGAACAAUAUUGAAGAGUUGCGGACAGUGAUUUGCAAGAGUUUGGGUCUGCCCGAGGGGAGCAAACGCAAUGCUAGGAAGAGGAAAGCGAUCGAUGAUCCGCAGGUGUGUCGCACUCCGUCUCCUGAUGAUAGUAUUGUGAGUGAAACCAAGGGGCGAAACAGGAAGGGGAAAAAAAGAAAAACGGUUGGCACUCGGCUUGUUGUGAAAAAACGUUGCCUCGGCGUCGAUCUGGAGGUGGAAAGGAGGUGACAAAGGUUGUACGCCGAAGUUAUUUUUUCACAUAAUAUACAAAUUCGUGGUCAUUUACUGUCCUGACACCUUUGCCGUUUUCCAGGAAGUGAGAAGAAACAACCCACCCUCAUCAGAGAGAGAUAGUGGUCACCAGAAUGAUGAUGAUCAUGCAAACGAAAACGAGUCUGACAAUGCUCGUUUUCCACCAUCCGGCGGAAACAAAGGCGAUCAGGUAAUGUGAUAGAUAGUUUUAUUGUUGUGUUAUUGCUUAGACUUCUAACCCAACGCUGGGGGGAUGGUCAGCAGCAAGAAACACAAUCGAAUGCCCUCGUCCUGUUUGGAGAUGUAUUAGAUGUUGAGCCUGAGUCCUAUGUGUUACCAGCAGAGGUUUGUUUGCAUCUUAAUUAGUUGUGUAGUGUUUGGCUAAGUAGUGGUAAUAACAAUAGUUGUGAAUAUUUGCGGAUUCCUACUACCUUCCAGCAUGCGGUAACCUCCCCGGGGGCAUGGCAGAAAAGAAACCCAACGUACCGGUAUGAGCAAGGCUCCCCAGUCGCAUGGGAGAAAACAAAGUCGAACUGUUACAGUUCGGUUGGUAGUGUACGCUCCUUUCAUCCUUCAUGGGAUGGAAACCCCUCCUCGAAAUCUAAGGUUGCAUCCACCGGAAUUGAAACGUAUCCGCUACGGAUUAUAUCAUAGACAGUAGUUAUAUCUGUCACAUUAAGUUUGGUCUGUUAAUGUUGUACAUUACUUGAAGUGCGUUAUUAACGGAUUUGAUGCAGGAAAGAAGUGCUCCAAAAGGUGGGGAGGGCCUUCAAAAAUGGGGAGGUGCUCCACCGGUGGGCUAUGAGUCCGGUCAAACAUCAAAUCAGAAUGAUGGAGAGAGGCUUGAACAAGUCUCUGGUCCUAUGGGGUUUGUUGAGGCACUUGUGAAGGAGAUCAACUCUGAAAUCCUAGGGACCGACGAGGUAGUUAUAUCUUAGGAAAUGGUUUAGGUCUGUUGUUGUUCGACAAUUCUCAGAGAGCGUAAUUAACUGAUUUGAAAUUUCAAGAAAUAAGGGCACCGAGGGGUGGGGAGGGUGCACAGCCAAAAGAAAACGAGUCGGUGGCUGCCCGCAUGACACCACUGGCCGGGAUUGACUUUGCGCAGGUGAUGUGCAUUUUAUUAUUGGUGUACACAUCCACAUUUUAUUUUUGGUGUACACAUGUUGACAUAGGUUACUGACUCCAUCUAGAAAACGGGUGCCGACAACGGUGGUGAGUUCGUUGAGGAGGAUCCUGACGGUGGUGAAGAAGCGAGGACGGCAGACAAACAGUCUCAAUCUGUUGACUUCGUUGAAACAUCAAAUAUGGAGUUUCCAAAGCCUGUGGAGGUGGUUGGAAAAAUUGCUCCUCCCAAGGCGGGUGUUGAGGCAAGUGUUAAGGAGAUCAACGCUGAAUUACAGGGGACGGAGGACGAAGAGAGAUAUGACAGUUGUAAAGACGACAUGUCCACUGAUAGCCAGAUACAAGAGAACCGACGUGAUCUGUGUGCUGAAACGGAUGCGGACUCUGAAGAUGUGGGCAGUGGUGGUAAACGGUAUCGCAUGAGAUCCAGCAAGAUUUCUGGAGUGUACACCCCUGACCCAAGGGUGAAAAAGUUGUUUAAGAGCGAGGAGAAGGUUGAGUAUAAGCCCAUUGCCAAAACGAAUCGAGCACAGUUUAAGAAGUUUGCCAAAAUUUUGAGGGAAAACCCUGCGCAGUAAGUUUCUAACUCUUUUUAAGGUUAUAUACAUAAACUCGUGCAUAAGUUCAUGAUUGUUGGUUAAAUUUGCAGGAUGUGGGAUAUCGCUACCGGUCACUCUGUGUGUAAUCGCUUCUUCCUUGAAAUUGCUGAACCGGGGAAAUGGAUGUCUGACGAGGAGAGGAUGGUGAUCUUGGAUCAGUACUUUAUAAAAACCAUUCAGUCAAACUGGAGUGCCUUUAGCACAGACAAUGAUAAGCUACAGUUCGAAUGGGGGAAAAACGUAGCACAGUAUGUGACAGGAAAGAGCAAGGGGCAGAAAAUGAAGUUGGGACUUGGCUGCGAUGUCGACACCGUGUACACCCCGAUGAAUUGGGGUGGAGAUCACUGGGUUGGUCUCGGCAUUAAGCUGAAUGAAGGUCAUGUGACGGUAUUUGAUUCCUAUGUUCCUCAUACUGAGAUCGAGGUUGCGGAAGGACAUAUGUGUUUGGUUGUACAGUCGUUGCCUUAUAUAUUAGAAAAAUAUGCAGGGCAUAAAUGUUAUAAGGUGAAGGAAGGUCUUCGAAUUUACUCUUGGAGCCGCGCAGAAGGUAUUUAUCACAACAAAAGGGGUGGCGACUGUGGGCCAUGUGCUGCCAAGUUCAUAGAGAUGCAUGUUGCCGGCUUAACGGAGGAAAUGAGUCGGAUUACCGAAAAAGAAGUUGACAGAUUUCGAGAGCAGUAUGCAAUGGACUGCUAUAAAGAAUUCGUGGGCGUUGCUAAAGUAAACAAUGAGUAAACUUGAAGUUGUUUUCUUUGUCAGAAUGUUGUUCGAACCCAAUGAUACUUAUGUUUGUGUGAACCGAAUGGAACUUAAUGGUAUAUUUAUGGUGUGUUUGUGUGAUUAUGCGUUUAUGAUCCUCGAGAAACAAAAAGUUUGACGGUAUUGACUUUGCUAUUUGUAGAUAUGUACACCUGAGUUAAAAUGCUGCACACCAACUACAUGUAUUGACUUUGAUAGACCUUGUAACCUCGUACACCGUUGUUGUAAUGUUGUUGUAACUACGUGAAACGUUUUGCUUGGUUUUUAAACCUCGUACACCGUUGUUGUAAUGUUGCACACCAAGUCAUAGCUGUUCAUGGUAAUGGUUUAUGUAUAGACUGUAUAGACCAGUAUUAGAUUUUGUCUUCUUACUUUCGAAGGUAUACAUCAUUGAACAAAAUGAUUGCGAAUGUUAUUGUGUUAUAAUUAGAAUUUUUCGUGAUGUUUGUUUGUAUUAUAAAAAGUCACAUCAUUGAACAAUAUGAACUACAUGUAUUGUCGGUGGUAGACCUUGUAACGUUUUGUGUACAAUAUAAAGUGAAACGUUUUGUUUGGACUUUAAACAUCGUACACCAUUGUCGUAAUGAUGCACACCAAGUCUUACAUUUCACACCAACCAUAUGUAUUGAAUUUCUUAGACCUUGUAACGUUUUUUGUAUUAUAUUAUGUAAAACGCAUUGUUUGGUUUUUAAAUCUUGUACACCGUUAUUGUAAUAUUGUACACCGAGUCUUAUCUUUUCAUGAUAAUUGUAUAAGUAAAGAAAUGAUAGACCGAUGUUGGAGUUUGUCUCCUUAGCUUUGAAGGUAUACGUCACUUUCCAAAAUGACAGCGAAUGUUAUUCUCGACAACGGAAUUAGAGCAAUGCUUAAUGUGCUAAUGCAUUACAACAAAUAAUAAUUACUGUCAAGUGUCGAAGGCCGGAAAACUCGUGGUGCAACGAAAAUCCCAGAGGAAAAGACCAACCUCUUUGAUCCAAAAGCAUCGGUUACACAUGUCUUCAGUCUUGCUUAACUCCAUCUGCCAGAGAUCCCAAUCGAAAUCCAACGUAGGUGCACAGGGGCAAUUAUAAAAAAGGGUCGAUCUGUUGACAUGAACACAAACUUCUUUGUUAAGAACCUCUCGUUAACGACCGGCACCCACGGAACAUCAUCCAUUCUAACAAGCCAUCCAAUUGUACCAACUGCUUCUCUCGUAAAACUAGCGAAGCAUUCCUCAUCCUCCCAGUAGAGUUUGCGAGUCAUUGCAUAGGUAUACAACGCUCGUUCGUAUCCAGCAUCCGCUGCUCUCUUUAUCAAAGCAAGACCUUCCUCGUGGCGUUGUAGGGCAUAGAAAUACUCAACACCCUUGAUGUAAAGAGUACUUGGGUUUCCGACAUCGUAGCAUCUUCUCAACAACGUAUCACGCAAGCCUGUCCACCAAGGGUAUUUAUACAUAUCAAACGAAGAAUAGACGUCAGGUGUGUCUGCCAGCGCACGCAUUGACUUACAAGUAGAUCUGAGUCUAUACAGAUCUUGAAAGGAAUUUUUUGCGACGCAGGAGACAAUCAAUUGUUGGAUUUCUGAAGAGAGAUCUAGAAAAGUGGUCUCUGCCAUUAUAGCCAGAUUGUGUUUUCAGCGUUGUGCAAAUGAUGUCCAAAAUUCAGUAAUUAUAGUGAGUGGACGGAGGCAAACGAAGGGUUGUCUAUUUACGACGGUCACGCCCGUAUAAGUCAUUAUAGCUUGGAGACGCAUUGACCCUAUACCGAGACAAACGAAAUAAUGGAUUUUUUAAUUGUUUACAAGUACAUUAUGGCCGCUUUAAAACAUGAUUUGACAGUGUUAGGUUUCAAAUGUGGGUGGGACAAUAAAUUCUCGUAUUAACCUCACACGUUUUCUUUACAAACCUGUCUAUUAAAUUUCUAUAAUCCCUCUCAUACCUACCAUAAAACAGACCACAAAAAAACUCCAACAAGUGACCCCAAUAGUAUGGAAGCUCACGUACUCCCAAAUCUUCUCCACGAAAUUGUGUGCAAAAUCAUUGAGCUUGUCGGAGAGGAAUCAUUUUACAAUCUUGGCCCUUUUCUGCGAGCUGGAAAACGCGGUUACGCCCUCGCACACGAGCUCUCAGUCUUGAAGAAGUGCGAUGUUAGUGAAAUGGAGGACAGGUUCGUCACACGUCAAAUACGCCAAGGUUGUCAGUUCCGGGAGUUUCAUCUCAAGUGUGUCAGUGCUGGCAACAGAAAGGCAAUCUACUAUGAAGGUCUCCUUACAGCACCGAACAUAGGACUUGAGGAGAGUAUUAAAAUAUUGGAACCAAAUGUCCCAAUGCAUGGAUUCUCAACCCUAGUUGUCGCCAUAUUCAAUGUUUGUCUUGGCAACGACAAGGAAGCGAGCAAAGUGUUUCAGCUAUUCGCAGCAUAUCACCAUGACCUUCGAUCGGAUGAAACUUCUGAAACGGGAGAAUCCAUAGAGAACCAAUUGAAAGCCUUUGGAGCGGAAGACCUGAACUGCAACAAAUAUGGGGAAUCUUUCAAGUUCCCGGAUGAUGGCUUAAUCAAGACACCCAGGUGCGUGUAUGGCCAUGAUUAGGCAGACAACUUAAAAGGUGUUUGCAAAAACUGCAGGCUAUUUUGGAUUUGCGUCAACAUUUCAAAUAUCAUUUAAAUAUUAUUGACAGGGAAAUCUCUCUGGUUUUCUCCUAUGUCAUUUAUGUUUUAACAUUUGCCAUUUCCUCCCAAAUGUAGUUCCUCGAUCCCAAUACUACAUUUAAUUUCUGUUGGAACAAUACCUUUGCAAAUUUAAAUAACUAAUUCAUAGGUUAUAACACAUUAGUUGUCUUCGUAACCAACAUUACAAAACUGCAACACGUUUACAGCAGAUGUUGAGAUACUAAAAUACAAGCUUGCAGGACAAAUUAAACAUCUCUUCACAUAUUUAGAAACCCGUUAAUGAUGUCUUCUUCUAUUUCUGCAUUUUUGCCCAAAUCACUCUGGAGGUGCGAGAUGGUCUUCUUCAAUUCCAUGAUAGUCCGCUUUUUUCUGAAAUUUCGUCUCUAGCUUCAAUCAGAGCUUCCUUUUGCCAUCCGAAAGGUUCUUCCUCAUCGAUCCAUUGGAAAAACCCACAAUCAAGUGGACUCUACAAGAUAAACGAAAUGAAAACCCUUUCCAUAAAUAACAACACAAUACUACUAUUCUACCUUCCAGCGUUCACACCCGUAGAACCUCCGACCAGGAUUUUUGUCUGUCUAAGAUUUACAUUUCUUCGCCGGCAACGCACAGAAACAACGCACAUCGGUUUCAUUACCCUUUCCCUUUCCCUUUCCCUUAUAGCUCGAUCUGCCACCAAAUUCCAUAUCUCUUCCCAGUUGGAGAAAAUUAAUGAACACCAAAAAAGGACUGAAAUCGAAUUGGAGAAAAUAAUUUUGGGAAGAAAUGUAAAUGGGUCGGGUUUAGGGUUUUGAAUGGGCCGGAUUUUUGGGCAACCCUGACCGAUAUUUCAAUUUACUUUAAUUUGAAUUUUGAAAUAAAGUGCACAGUGACGAGCACUUUAUCCAACUUCGACCUAAUAACAUCUCCCUUUCUCCUUUCUCCAACUUCGACCUAAUAACAUCUCUCUUUCUCCUUUACCAGCAAAAUUCCCUCGAUGUCGACUUCCAACAGCUCGGAUGGUGCCUCGUAUGUGGACAUGCUUUACGCUGUGAACGACUCCAACUUUGGAAUCCCGUAUCGUUGUCCUUGCGGAAGCGCAAUUAUCAUUCAGAUCUCUACAGAAGCGGCAGCCAUUCCGAAGAAAUAUUUUGUAUGCAAAGAUUUCAAGGUGAGUUGUAAUUUUUUAUGUAAUUGUUGGAUUUGCUUCCAAAGAUUUAAAGGUAAAAUCAUAUUUCCAGAAUGACGGGUUGCACAGAAAGCAAGAAUGGACCGCCGCAAUCGAAGACGAAACCCGACGUUUGAAGAAAACAGUUGACGAUCACGAAUCCAGGAUACGUAGCUUAGGUCGUGUUGAAUAUCGGAUCGAUCGAAUUGACCAAAAUGCCCAAAAAACGACGGUGAGAUUGCACACCUUGGUUAUCAGAUCCACGAGAUGGAGAAAGUCUUGAAGAAAAAUGCUGAGGAGAUUGCAUUAUUUAAGAAAAUUAUUGAGAAACUUGAAUAUAAUAUCUUGUUGCAUUUAUUUUGUAUUAUCUAUUCCGACAGACAUAUGGUGUGCAACUUUUAUAUAUGGUGUGCAAGUUUUUUAUUGGGGAAGACGACGUAUUUCCCCACCAUAACUAUCACAUAGUAAUAAAUGUACACAAUCUUUCAUCCUCAUCCCAAUUGCCCACUUUAUAAGCAUAACAACCUAUUUCCACACAAUAUGAAAGUUCGAAACUCGUUUCCACACAAACUUUGAAAAACGGACUAAUACCGACAAAUAGCGGUUUAAAAUUGGUUAGUGUUCCCUAAACCUAAACUUAAACCAAUGGCUAACUUAAGUAAACCCAAAACGACCCGAUUACGACCCGAUUAGAGAUCUAAACCAGAUUAAAUCAACCUAAUACCAAUUGGAUCUAAUAAACCCACCCAUGACCCGAAAACGUAAAUCUUUUGUUUCUCUCUGGCGAAGAACGUCGCUGCUCUUUCUCAUCCACCUCGUUGCUCCUCUGAUUGUUCUCUCUGAGGUAAUUUCGAGAAUUCUAUCUCUAAAUCUCUCGCUCUCUCUCGCUCUCGCUCUAUCUCUCUCUCGUUAUUGUAUUGUCUCUUUGUCUAUGUCUCUUUCUGAUACUGACAAUGUGUUUCUCUGUUUUGCAGGAAUCGAGAAUGGAAUCAUGGACUAACGUGAAUGUUGAGUGGAAUGAUGUACCUGAUUUCGACCCAGGGACUACCGAUUCUCCUGAUGUUGAUUCUUAUUCUCCUGAUGUUGACUCUGAUGGUGAAGAUCGCAGAGAGCGCAACGACUACAACAUUGAGAAAGAAGCUUUCAACUUUGUUGAUGAACCUCAAGUGAAGCAUAACUUGUAUCCAGAGACAGAAGAUGAUGAAGAUGAAGAGGGGGAAGAACUUCAAAGGACUAUCUACAGGCGGCGCAAUGAUAUUAGGAGAGGCAGUGGGGAGUUGUAUGUAGGGCAAGUGUUCAUCAGUGGAAUUGCAUUUAAGGAAGCAGUGCUCGACUAUGCUCUGAAAACGGGUCUGAACAUCAAGCAAAAUAGAUAUGACAAGACAAAGAUUGCCUUUGUAUGUGAAGGCAAAGGUUGCUCUUGGCGCAUAUACUGCUCAUCCUCAGUAAAGUAUCCCAACAAAUGGCAGGUGAAGAUAUUGAAGAAGGAUCAUACCUGUGUUCCUACGGGUACUUGUGAGAUGCUCAAAGUUCCACAAAUAGCUCGCUUGUUUGUUGACAAGAUCAGAGAAGAGCCAGAGUAUUUCAUGCCCAUGAAGAUUGAGGAGCUGGUUAUGGAGAAGUGGAAGCUCAGUGUUAGUAGGCCGCAAUGCCAACAUGCUAGGAACAAAGCGCUCAGAUGGAUUGAAAGAGAGUAUGAUGAGCAGUUUGGACGGUUGAGGGAUUACUGCGCUGAGAUAAGAAGCUCGAAUGUUAAUUCUUCUGUUGAGCUUGACUGCCUGAGAAAUGAUGAUGGGAUCAAAGUUUUCAACAGAUUUUAUGUCUGUUUUGACAUUCUGAGGAGGAACUGGAAAGAAACGUGCAGGCCACUAAUUGGAGUAGAUGGUUGUUUCUUGAAGUCUAGGAUGAAAGGACAGCUUCUAGUGGCUUUGGGUCGUGAUGCUGAUAAUGCCAUUUACCCUAUCGCAUGGGCUGUGGUGCAAGUAGAAAACACCAACAAUUGGUUGUGGUUUGUGAGAAAGAUCAAGGUUGAUCUAGGACUUGAUGAAGGAGAGGGUUAUGUUAUGGUUUCAGAUCGUCAAAAGGGAUUGAUUGCAGCUGUGAAGAGAGCACUACCGCGAAUUGAGCAUAGGAUGUGUGUUAGACACAUCUAUGGCAACUUGAAAAAACGCCAUGGGAAGAAACCUGAAAUGAAGCUAAAGCUUUGGAACCUUGCUUGGAGCUACAAUGAUGCUGAUUACAAAGCAAAUCUCAAAGACAUUGAGCGGUAUGAUCAAGAUGUUUAUGACGACGUGAUGAAGGCAAAGCCAAAGAAGUGGUGUAGGGCAUUUUACAAGCUUGGACCUUUUUGUGAAGACGUGGAGAAUAACUCAACUAAAUCUUUCAACAACUCCAUUGGUAAAGCCCGAGACAAGCCCUUUGUACCUAUGUUAGAGACAAUAGCUCGCUUGGCGAUGGUUCUUAUAGCGAGAAGAGAUGUAAUCUGCAGCAGCCACGAAGGGAUUUGCACACCGUAUGUCAUUGAGAUGCUUGAGAGUUUGCAUGAGAAAGCCUCGAAAUGCACGAUUCAACCUUCCACCAACCAGACAUAUGAAUCUACUAGUAGUGGCUGUGCGCAUAGGGUGAGCUUGGAAAAUAGAACAUGUAGCUGCAGAAGAUGGGAGAUUACAGGGAUCCCUUGUGAGCAUGCCUAUGGAGUUAUGCUGAAGAAAGGUUUAGAGGCUCAAGAAUUUGUGGUUCACUGGUUUAGGACGGCUACGUGGAGGUGUACGUAUGCUGAAGGGAUUGUACCUUUGCGUGGAGAAAGUUCUGGCCCGUAGGACCGGAACCAUCUAUAAUUGAACCUGAGAUCCCAGAUCAACCAGGCCGUAAGAAGGUGACUAAAGCAGAUAAAAAGAGAAAGAAGGGAGUCAAUGAAUCACCAUCGAAGAAAAAAGAGAAGUUCUUGAAGCGGAUCAUGCACUGUGGGAUAUGUGGUGUUGCUAAUCAUAACUCCAGAUUCCAUAAGAAGAACCCAAAAAAGGUAUGCUUUACUGUGUUUUCGGUUUUGAUGUGUUGUGUUUUGGAUUGAGUGAAGAUUGUUGUGUUUAUUGUGAUAUUUUUUCAGCCUUUUGUGAGUGGUGAAUCAUCUCAGCCUGAAGCCUCACAAGGUGUUUUCACUCAAGCCACUCAGCCUUAGAAGUGAAGAAGAGAAGAUGGAUGUCAAGAAGAGAAGAUGGAUGUGAAGAUGUGGUCGAAUUUUCAAUUGUUUAAUGGUCUUUUUUGAGGUUCUAGGACCUUGUUUCUCGGCUUUGAUUCCUUUUGCACGUUUUAGGACCUUGAAUCUCGGGUUUUUGGACUAGUUUAAUGGCUUGUGACUCUAUUUUGGUGUGUUCUAUGUAUGCUUUAGACUCAAUGUAAAAUAUUUUAAUGGCUUAUGACUCUAUUUUGGUGUGUUCUAUGUAUGCUUUAGACUUUGAUUCUCUCUUUUUAAAACAACUGAAACUUUUUAAAAUAACAUACUUGGAAUCAUCAUCCUAAACAGAACAAACACUUAACAAUACAACCAUCAUCGACUUAAAGACUUAAACAUAAACAAACUGAGACAAACAUCGGUUUUGAAUCAACUGCGACAAGCUAUAUAAUCUUAGACAACACAACCAUGGUCAAACAUCCUAAAACAACAAGCACAAGCGCUUUCUUCACCUCGCAUUUAGCUUCACUCACAACAUCUUCCAUUCUUGCACAAAUCUCAGUCUCUAUCUUCAAUUCAAGCUCUUCAAACUUCUUCUUCUCUUCUUCACCACGCUCAGCAAGAUUUGUUUGUUCAAGUUUCCCUAUCCUAAAUGACAAUGCUUCAACCUCAUCCAACAAUGCCUCAUCAACCCAUUUAUAAGUGUGAUUAUCAUUACUCAGCUACAAAACACACAAAAAUUCGAUUUUGACUUCAAACACACAAAAACUCAAUCACAUUUAUAGCAAGAAACUAACCCUUUUCUCUGCUGCAAAAGCACACCGGAAGUAUCUUCUGUAAGGAUUUGCGGUCGACUUUGACAUCAAAGAGACAACCAAUUCUCCACACCAACAUCUCUUCGGCACACCAACAAUGCGACCUCUUGCUCGCGCGCUACUGGCUCCACUCGAAUUUCCAGAUUCAUUGCUCAUACUUUCUGGGUUUUUAUUCGUUUAAUCUCUUCUCUGUUUUUUAUUUUAUUUUUAGGGUUCUAAGGGAAUGAAAUCGAUUUUGGGGGUUUUAAAAGGGUUUCGGGUCGAUCCUAAGUCGGAUCUAUUUUUGAGUUGGAUCGUACCAGUUUCAACCGAUACGAACUGGUUUACUACCGGUUAAAGUCGAAAACCAUUAAAACCAAUUCAAAUCUUCGUCUGUGUGGAAACGAGUUUCGAACUUCCAUAUUGUGUGGAAAUAGGUUGUUAUACUUAUAAAGUGGGCAAUUGGGAUGAGGAUUAAAGAUUGUGUACAUUUAUUACUAUGUGAUAGUUAUGGUGGGGAAAUACGUCGUCUUCCCUUUUUAUUGACGUAAUAGUAACCAACGUUUCAAUUGACAUAAUAGUAUCCUACGUUUCAAUUGACAUAAUAGUAUUCUCUUCGAAAGAUUAGAAAUAUUAGUUGGUGUGCAACAAUUUAAACACAAUGUACGUAGGAUAAAGUAGUGUGCACGAAGAUUACCACCAUCCAACAAGUCUUAACGCCACGUUUCAAAGUUUGGAUGACCGGUGGAUGCCUUGAAGUCGCUUAGAAGAAGACCAACCUCUUUUAUCCAGAAGCACCGGUUACACAUGUCUUCAGCCUUCCUAUUGUCGAUGUCCCAUAAUGCCCAAUGUCCGUCCAAUAGAGGAGAACAAGGACAGCUGAAAAAUAUCGGUGCGACUGUUGAUAUAAAGACGUGCCUCCUUAUGUGGAAGUAGUCGUUAUGGUCCCAAUUCCACAAUCCAGCCGAGGAUCUUACCAGCAGUCCGAUCUUAGCGACGUAGUCUCUUGAAAAUCCCCUGAAGUGGUCGCCAUCAUCAUCCCAUAAUUUGCUUGUCAUGGCGUAGGUAUACGAGGCUCGCUCAAAUCUAGCAUCCGCUGCUCUCUUCAUCAAAUCAAGACCCUCAACAUACAUAUUUCGCCUGUAAAAAUACUCAACGCCCUUGAUGUAAAGUGUACUUGGGUUUCCCUGGGCAUAGCAUCUUCUCAAUAGGUAACGGAGCCUAAACCCGCGGAGCCUCCACGGAUAUUUAAACAAAUCGAACGAAGCAUAAACGUCUUUAUCGUCUGUCAAUGAACGCAUAGCCUUGCAAGUAGCGCGGAGUCUGAAAAGAUCUUCGAAGGAGUUAUGUGCCACGCGUUUAACGACUAACUCCGGGACCUCUGUCAGGAGGCUGAGUAUAGGGAAUUGUUCCAUUUUUAGGAGAUUUCUGCUUAUACGUUACGACUAGAAUGUGUCACCGCUUCCAAAAAUCGAAUAGGGUCAACCCUAUUUAUAAUCGAGGUUUACAUAACAAACAGAGAUGAAAUGAUGUGACUAGCGAAGGAGUAUCAUAGGGACGAA